GAGAGGGCAGAAGAGGAGAGGACAGGAGAGGAGAAGCCGGGCGGGGUGACUGGGCCAGGGGCCGGGACACAUGGAUUAACCAGGCGCCCUCUCGGGCCGGUGUCCGCCCAGCCGCACCAUGGGCAAACUUCACUCCAAACACGCUGCCGUGUGUAAGCGCAGGGAGAGCCCCGAAGGUGACAGCUUCGCAGUGAACGCCUCCUGGGCUAGGAAGGGGAUCGAGGACUGGAUCGGGAAGCAACGCUACCCCAGCAGCGGCCCAGGAUCUCGGCAGCCCCGGGUGGUGGGCGGCUUCUCCAGCGGCACCCGGGAUCCGGCUGGUGAAGUUUACCGAGAAACAAUCAGCGAGGAACAUUUUCGUCUGGAAGUGUCUUUGCCUCCUGAGAAGACAGAUGGGCCAGGGAGUGGAGAUGAAAAGAAGGCUGAGAAAGACAGUGAAUCUUGCCCCAGCUCCAAGAAACAGCUGAAAUUUGAAGAGUUACAGUGUGAUGUUUCAGUAGAGGAAGACAACCGGCAAGAAUGGACCUUCACGCUAUAUGACUUUGAUAAUAACGGCAAAGUCACUCGAGAGGAUAUCACUAGCUUGCUCCACACCAUCUAUGAGGUAGUUGAUUCCUCAGUCAACCAUUCCCCCACAUCCAGCAAGACUCUGAGGGUGAAACUCACAGUGGCCCCAGAUGGGAGUCAGAAGAGGAAAAAUAUUUUGCUCAAUCAUGCUGAAUUACCAAGCUUGAGGCGCAGAACAGAGAGCAAGGCCAAUGAAGAGCUGAGGAGCUUGGAGAAGAAGCAACGUGCUCCCCUCAGGUACCACGGAGAUGCCCACUUGGAGCAAUCUGGGCGCUAUCGCCAUUGUGUUGAUGAGAACAUCGAAAGAAGAAACCACUAUUUAGAUCUUGCAGGAAUAGAAAACUACACAUCCAAGUUUGGACCAGGCUCCCCUUCACAGAAGCCUGAGCUGCCCACGAGAGUCCCCAUCCAGACUAGAUCUCGCUCCCACGAACCUGAAACCAUCCAUGUGCACCACAGGAAGUCCCAAGGGGCAGAACCCGGCCCCUUUCACUUCAUGGACAUUCCAUAUGCCAAGAUUGCUGAAGUCCAGCAACGCCUUCGGGGUGGUCAGGAUCUGAGCAAGCACUUUGUAAAGUCCCCCAAAGCCCAGAGCAAAAAUGUGGGGUCGACCCACCUGGGGAGGGGAGCAAGAAGCAAAUCGAUCCUGGGACCUGCCAUCCCCUUGGCUUCCCCAACAACCCGCCCUAUCCCACCCUACCUCCUUGGCCCAGCCCCACCAAUGCACAAGAAACACAAGCAGAGAGCCAAGGAGAGUCAGCAAAUGUGCAAGAGCCUCCAGCCCCCUGGGAGCACAGUGGUGGAGAAGGAACAUGUGCGAGACCUGCCCUCGGUUGUAUUAUAUGAGGGCCAGGUGGGGCAGAUGGUCCAGAGACAUGAACACCACCAUCACCAUGAACAUCACCACCAUUACCACCACUUCUAUCAGACAUAGAGCAUCCCGCCCCAGCCCUCACACUAAAGAACCCCCCAACCCCAUCACAAUAUGAAGGAACCCCUCUCCCAAGAUGUCUGACUCCCACGGCAUUAUUAUUCUUAUUCAUAAUUAUUCUUGUUGUUGUUACUUCACUAAUAUUCAACUAGUCUCCAUUUUAGAAAUUAUAUGGAAACACAGAAACUUACCUUAAUUUAUAUAUUGUGGAAACUGCAUAGCUUACUUAAUUAACAACUUGUGAAUUUUCGUAGCGGCUUGUGAGGAUUGCAGAAGCAGUCCCUGGCUUUCAGAACUGGGCUCUCCCUGCGGAUGGUCAUCAAUAUGCUUCUGGGACCAGCACAGGGCUGGAGCAGGUGGAAGGCCAUCACCAUGCCUUCUACCUCCCCUCCUGUAUUCAAGCCUUUCCCUGGGAAACAUUGCUGCCCUCUCCUGCUUCCAGAGACCUUUAGAAUUGCUGAGACAACAAACUGUUGCUACCUCUUAGUAUUACUUAGAUUUUAUUUGUCCCUUUAAUUGGUUGUAAUGUGCUAUGGGGGGAUUUUGAUGGACUCUGGUUACGUGGCCUAUUUGGUGUCAUGUUUUCCUAUCCUUGGGAACGUUAACUGUGUUUGUCAGUGGAGUUACCCUUAACACCGACCUACUCAUCUGAAUGCCAGAUUCUUUUCUGAAGGCAGUCCUGACUGUUCUAUGAUGGAAAAAUCAGGAAACACCUUUCUCUCCUCUUCCCUUCCCUCUUAUGGGAAGUACAUGUACAUACAUGUAGCUAAAGUCUGUCUCUGAAACCACACUUGUUUUGGAAAACCACUGGAAAAGGGAGUGACCACGGGAACACCAGCGCAGGGUGGUGGUGGUGGUUGUUGUUGUUGUUUUGGUUUUUUUUAGUCCUGCCUUCAACAAAAUUGGGGCUGUUCCCAGCUGUUGUGUGUUGGCUUUUCCUUCUGAAAUUGUUGUGACUGAGAAUGUUAAAAACCCUUUCCCCUUAUAGUGCUGGCAAAUAUAUUGUACAUACCUACAUAAUUAUAUAAAUAUAGCUAUUUAUAGAGACAGAUGCUAGUUUGUCUCUAUAUAUAUUUAUAUAAAUAUACACACUCAGGUACAUUUUCUUGUGUUGUAGAAAUCUGUGAUUUGAUUCUCUGAAAUAUAAUUAUUGUCCCAGGAGAUGGGUUUUCAUAUGUAAGUGGCUGUGGCUGGGGGUAUGUGGUUUAAUUUUACCCCCUGGUGGGGUCUGCCUCUGUUUUUGUUCUUUAAAGCUCCUUCCUCCUCCUUCCCUAAGUACCAAGCUUUUCUCCUCUCCUGGUUUCUCUUUUAAGAGGCAUAGGAUCAGGCCAGACCUGAAGGAGAGAUAUGCUGGGGAAAUAGGGUCUGAGAGCACUGGUAGCACUGGGCAGAGUUGUAUGUUGGGCCUGGGUGGCCAAUCCAGAGGAAGGAUUGCAGUCUGGCUGCGUUGUAAGGACUGGUCCUGGGCAGAAAGAGAAAAGGGACACACUGAACCUUUCAUGUGUGUGUGUGUAUGUGUGAAUUUCACCUGCUACCUUUUCCUCCUCUCUCCAGUGAGAGUGCUUUUGGCUUCAGGUUGUCCUGGAGUGGGGGAGGAGGGUCUGUGGAAUAUUUCAGAGGAUGCUGGGGUCAGUUUCAGCAUGCUCUUCUUCUUCUUCUUCUUCUUCUUCUUCUUCUUCCUUCUUUCUUUUUUCCUUCUUCUUUUUUGUAGUGGGUUCCCAGCAUCCUACAUCUAUGAGAAUGGAAUAUGGAUGUGAGGCUCUUCUGGACCCCCAGAGAACAGGCAUGGUUUUCCAAAGGAACAUUUUCAGAGACUUGUCAGUUAGAGAGGAUUUCCUUCUUCUUGCAUCCCUUCCUUUCUCCCCCAUCUAUCUCAGAGGAGGCACCUGAGCCUUUGCCCCAUAUGCUCAUCUGGAUCAGAAUAGUAGCUUUGGAUACUAACCAGGGAGAACUCCAAAACCGAACCACCAUACAGCCUUCCUUCCUUUCUUGUCCCUAGUCCUGAAUCUGCAUGUCUGUCAAGAUCUUCACUGUCCCUCUGUAAUUGGAGUUUCUUGAGAGAGAGAGAGAGAGAGAGAGAGAGAGAGAGAGAGAGAGAGAGAGAGAGAGAGAAUCCACAAACUUGUCACUUCUAGAUUCUAUUUUAUUUAGGGAUUUCUCAUCUCCGUCUCCAGAUGCUUAGAUUUUCCAGUCUCCUAACAGCUAUGCCCCCUCACAACCCACCACAAACACCCCCCCCCAGUCAUAUAAUUAUACAGAAGGUAGAAUUAUCUAUACAUGGUUGUUCCGUUUGUUGCCCCCAGAAUUGUUCUAGGAAGAGCCUGAGACCCCUCCUCAUAUUGUGUCUUUUUACCGCGCGUGUGGAUGUGUGUGUAUACACACACAUGCACGCAUAAUAUGCCUAUUAUAUAUGUACGCACACAUAUAUAAUUACGGACUGGAAAGAGAAAAGGCAUUUCCGUGUCGAACAGAAGGAAUAAGCUUAUUUAUAUUCUCGUGUUAAUGAAGUCUGGUGUGUUCAAGUGACUCGUGUUGUGAAGCAUGCAAACACCAGACUCUACAUUCCAGCUGUCAGCGGCGUCACGCCAUUGUUCUCAGAGAGGCGGAGGGAAGCUCCCCCCCCCCCCCCCCCCCCCCGCUACAGAGGAUUGCCAAUUAGGGUUUUUGGCAAAGGGGAGCAGACAGGAGCUGCCGCUGUUACUUUCUUCCUUGUUUCUUUCUUUUCAAAUAUCCUUUUUAAAUCACAAAUCAUUACAGGGCCAAAGGGAUUGGGGAAUUUAAAAAAUGCCAAGAACAUCCCUUGAAUGUGU